UCUACGGAACGGGACGGGGUUAGAUCUUGAACUUUUACUGCCAUUUUCUCUCUCUCUCUUCCUUUUCUCUAUAUAAAUUCUCACACCUCUUCAUUCCACUCAUUCCCUCCUUCAUCUCUUAAUUCUUCUUUCUUUCUCUUUAGAUCUCUCUUUCAUUCUUCAUUCAAGGCUGCUAGAUAAGAAUAAGAAAUGGUGAAAAUUUGCUGCAUCGGAGCUGGUUAUGUUGGUGGGCCAACCAUGGCUGUGAUUGCCCUGAAGUGUCCUGAGAUCGAGGUGGUGGUCGUGGAUAUCGCCGCUCCACGAAUCAAUGCGUGGAACAGCGAUCACCUUCCCAUAUAUGAGCCUGGGCUUGAUGAUGUGGUGAAGAAGUGCAGGGGGAAGAACCUCUUCUUCAGCACUGAUGUGGAGAAGCAUGUUGCUGAGGCUAACAUUGUCUUUGUUUCGGUGAACACGCCGACGAAAACUCAGGGGCUUGGAGCUGGCAAGGCAGCUGAUCUCACAUAUUGGGAGAGUGCUGCUAGGAUGAUUGCUGAUGUUUCCAAAACAGACAAGAUUGUGGUCGAAAAAUCAACUGUGCCUGUGAAAACGGCUGAGGCAAUUGAGAGGAUACUGACUCACAACAGGAAAGGAAUCAAUUUCACAAUUCUGUCAAACCCUGAGUUUCUUGCUGAGGGUACAGCGAUAGCAGACUUGUUUAAUCCAGAUAGAGUCCUUAUUGGAGGCAGGGAAACCCCAGAAGGUCAAAAGGCUAUUCAUGCUCUGAGAGAUGUAUAUGCACAUUGGGUUCCUGUGGAUAAAAUCCUUUGCACCAAUUUGUGGUCCGCUGAACUGUCAAAGCUUGCAGCCAAUGCUUUUCUGGCCCAGAGGAUCUCCUCUGUGAAUGCCAUGUCUGCACUUUGUGAGGCAACUGGUGCUGAUGUCUCACAGGUGUCUCACUCAAUUGGCACAGACUCAAGAAUUGGACCAAAGUUCCUGAAUGCCAGUGUUGGUUUUGGUGGAUCAUGCUUUCAGAAGGACAUAUUGAACUUGGUGUAUAUCUGUGAGUGCAAUGGCCUCCCUGAGGUGGCUAACUACUGGAAACAGGUCAUUAAGGUGAAUGACUACCAGAAAAACCGGUUUGUGAACCGUGUGGUUUCUUCUAUGUUCAACACAGUUUCAGGGAAGAAAAUUGCUGUUCUGGGUUUUGCUUUCAAGAAGGACACUGGUGACACUAGGGAGACCCCUGCCAUUGAUGUGUGCAAGGGCCUAUUGGGAGACAAGGCCAAAUUGAGCAUAUAUGAUCCUCAGGUUUCUGAGGAUCAAAUCACGAGGGAUUUGGCCAUGAAAAAGUUUGAUUGGGAUCACCCUGCUCAUCUUCAACCACUUAGCCCCACUUCCAACAAGCAAGUAUCUGUGGUUUGGGAUGCCUAUGAGGCAAUCAAGGAUGCACAUGGUAUCUGCAUCUUGACCGAGUGGGAUGAGUUCAAGAAUCUCGAUUACAAAAAGGUUUUUGACUGCAUGCAGAAGCCUGCUUUCGUUUUUGAUGGCCGAAAUGUUGUGGAUGUCAACAAGCUCAGGGAAAUUGGUUUCAUUGUUUACUCCAUUGGCAAACCUCUAGAUUCAUGGCUCAAGGACAUGCCUGCAGUGGCUUAAUGGAAAAAGUACAGUUUGAAACUGCCUUUUUGGGAUGAAUGUGUUGGUCUUUCAGAGUGGUUGCCUCAUCUUCCUGAUAUGCUGUCAUCAUGCAAAUCAUAUAGUUUAGAUUUCUGUUACCGUUUUUCUUUCAUGUUACUUUUAUUUGAUCAGGUUUUACACCAAAUUAGAGAGCUUAAUCGCAUAAGUAUCAUUGUCUUUAGCUCGCUAAAAUUCCUUAUUUGUUGACCUGGUUUAUUGUAAUAAACAAGUACUGAGGAAUUUUUAUACAACGGAUAUUAUUGGUUUUCA